GUGAUCACAGCGCACGUGGCAAGUAUUGUGUUAGGACACUUUUUUAGUUACGUUUCUUUAUUGGUUGGAAUGAAGUCGUGUCUGAAUAAAUAAAAUCGAAGAGAAAAAUUCUAACAGCAGUGUUCAUUGUCUCCAUGUAUUGUCAAUGCAGUGCGCGAGAUCGGAGUACGCGUGGAGCGGAAGCGGCCGCCACCGUGCGUGGCCAGUUCGUCGAGUGCGACCACGUGCCUGCUGCGGAGUACAGCCUCGACGUCUUCGGCUGCAGGAUACGCAUCCACCCACGUGACACGGUGCCAUGCGCGUUGACGAUGCUGAAAUUCACCAUGGCUGAGAACAACGGCGACACGGACGGCGUGGCUACUCUGAGCAGCUGCAUUUGGAGGCUGCACGCGAGGUUCUCGCCGACCAGAGUACAACAGCCAACAGCCCAACAGCCCCAAGCUCUGCAGGCGGCGUUACGGCCAACUCACGUGUGCUCAUCUUAGCUGAACGUGCGUUCCCUCCUGACCACGUGACCGGCGACUUCAAGAUGCACUCGGAUCGCUGGCACAAUGGCCACACCAGACGUAUAGGAGCUAACUGGGGGCUCCACUACAUUCAAAGGAUGGUCACCUUGCGCACGGUUUGGCGAGGCCCUCCCCAGCAACCGCUGCGAGCUAGUCGCCGUGUCGCUGUCGCCUUGACGAUAGUGCAGCGAUACUGUGGCGCCGCUUGCGGCGAGUGCGGGCGCUUUUCUUUAGUAAUUUUCUUUAUUUUUUCAAUGUAUUGGUGUGAAAGUAGUGUCGAUAUAUGUGUUUAGAAUAAAGUUGUUUGCGAUCGAAAUAUGUUGCUAUGUUGAUUCCUGGAGCAUGGUAUUUGUGGGCGAUGGUAAUGGGCGAAAUCGAAUGAGCCCUGCACUCUAUUUCUUGCUGCCAUUCUGUUUUUUUUUUUUCAUAACUAUUCCGUUUCAAAGCGACGACGUGAUCACGGCAAACUUGCCUCGCGACUUGGGAGCCAGACCAGAGAAAUGGCUCUGUUCGUGUGCUCGGCUGUAAUAUCCUGCAAUGUAGUCUAAUCCACGGAAGCACAGGGUUGGCUGGAAUUUCACGCCGCAUUGCUCGAAACCAAGUCCCUAUAAAGCUACCAGGAUUCAGCCUUCCUUUUUAAGGAUCAUUUAGAGGACAGUCGCAAAUUCGAGCGCAUAGUUACACACGGAAGGAUGAAGUAGAAGCACAAGAAAAUGAUUACCCGGAUUAUUA